CUGGAAUUUGUGAAUGAACUUCGCGAGGUUUGUAUAUCCGGGUGUUCCGGGUUUUCGCACUCCCCGCCUCGCGGAGAUCACGGACGUGAAUCCGCCAACAAACGGGAUAUUCAGGAUGGUGUAUUCGAUGAUGAUCAACGACAAGAUACCACUUGCUAUGUACAGAUCCCUGAAAACUGGCCUGACAAUUUGUAUCGCGGACGUAAGUGAUCCAAUUGUCAGCUGCCACUUCGCUAUCGCUACCGAAGUGUUCACAGACGAUGGUCUUCCUGAAGCAGUGUCACAUCUUGUAUUGAUGGGUAGUGAAGACUAUCCCUAUAAAAAUCUUUUGACUCGCUGGUCUCAUAAAUGUUACUCACUUGAUGCCGAGAUUCAUACGUUUCAGGAUUAUACUUGUUACAGUAUGAGAACAAGUGAGACAAAAGGAUUUUUUUCCUUACUGCCUGUAUAUCUUGAUCAUAUUCUUUAUCCUACACUUUCGGAAGCAGCGUAUAUUAUAAAUGUGCAUCAUAUUACUAAAUAUGGAGACAAUGGAGGUACAUUUUAUUUUGAUACCAGGACUAAAGAAUUAGAUGGAGAAUAUGUAACUUAUACUGAAUUAAUGAAAGCGAUGUAUCCCGAAAAUUGUGGAUAUAGCUCAAUUGUUCAAGGUACAUCGAAUUACAUAUCGGAAUAUCUUGUUCUUGAAGAUAUCAGACAGUAUCAUGAAGAAUAUUAUAGACCAGAAAACUUAACUGUGUUAAUAGUAGGUCAAGUAGAUCAUACUAAAAUUUUAGACACGUUACUACCUUUAGAAGAGAAAAUAAUAUCAAAAGGAGACAGAGGCGAAUUUAAAAGACCUUGGCAGACUCCAAUUAAACCGCUUACAAAAAGUAUAGAUGUAGAAUUCCAAUAUCCGUGCUACUCAUGUACUGGAGCUUAUAUUCGUAUAGCCUGGCAAGGACCGUCCAUUAACAAAUUGUAUGACUAUUUUGGCUUUUGCUUAAUCUCGCAAUAUUUGACUGACACAACCGAAGGUGUAUUGCAGAAAGAAUUUGCCAAGGAACAGAUUUCCUAUGAAUAUUACUUCCAUGAAUUCUCGACUUCAGCUUUAAGUUUAAUGUUUCCGAAUGUGCCGGGUAGUAAAGUUCCUCUAGUCAAGGAAUCUGUGAUGAAAGUACUUAAAAAUACAACUGACGUUGGUAUAGAAUUAAAAAGAAUGAGGAUUAUAAUUCGUAGAUAUAUUACUAAAAUUUUAAAUGAUCUGGAAAAUAAUCCACAUAAUACAAUCGCAAAUGGAUUGUUUAAACAUAUGUUAUAUGGAAAAGCACUCAAAGAACUGAAUCAUAGGUUGAACAUUAUACAUUAUCUCAAAAUAUUAGAAAAUGAAUCUAAAAGUUACUGGUUCAAUCUUUACAAGAAAUAUUUUGUUGAGACUCCAAUGGUUGUUGUGAAAGGCACACCCAGCCGUGAAAUGUUAAAGAUAUUUUCGGGAGAGGAGAGAAAAAGAAAAAUCGAUCGGAUGCGUGAAUUCGGCAUGCUUGGGUUAGCGAGAAACGAUAUACUUCUUUCCCAAGCCAUAAGCGAAAAUUCACAUAUACCCGACGAAGUGUUAGAAAGUAUACCUGUACCUGAUAUAGAUUCCAUUGUCUUUCGUCACAUUGAAAAUUACAGUACGGACUCUUCAGAGCAGCAUCCUGAAUUAGAUGCCAAAUUACUACCAUUAUUUACCUAUCUAGAGAACGCCGAUACAAUCUUUAUUUAUAUGUUUAUCGUCAUGGACACUACUUCCAUUAGUAAAGUGUACAAAAAAUAUAUUCCACUAUUGCUAGAACUCAUUAUGGAAUCUCCGGUGAAAAGAGAUGAUCAAUUGAUUCCUUAUGAAGAAAUAAUAGAUGAAUUAAAAGCAGAUACUGCACUAGCUACUACUCGAAUUAGUGUUCAAAAGCCCAUGGCAUUCUCAUACAAAUCUUCUAGUGUUUAUUUGAUGCUUCAAUUUGAAUACGAGAAGUAUGAAAAAAGUGUAAAGUGGAUUAAAGAGCUUUUAUAUGACACUGUGUUAACAAUCGACAGAUUAAAAGAAGUAGCAAUAAAGAAAUUAAAUGAUAUUGCUGAAUUGAAGAUAGAAGGGGAAAGAGUUGCGAAUGAUUUAAUGAAAAUAGCACUGUACAAUGAAGGUAAAAUCUCAUUUCUAAAAAUUUUAUUGCAACAAGAAGAGUUUCUCACUGAUAUUCUGAAACGUCUAGAUAAUGAUGUAGAUCAAAAGGAAAUCAUGACAAAUAUCGAAUCAAGCAGAAAAAUCUUGACGUUACCAGAAAAUAUAGUUUUAUAUAUGACUGUUAACAUCAUGAGAUUAAUACGUACAGUUCCAAAUGUGUAUGCCCCAUGGAAAACAUUCUUUCCUGAUGUAACAGUUGCAGAAGGAAAGACUAACAAUAAACUGAACAUGACUAAUGAUUGGACACUAUUGACUUCCACGAAUGAUAUUGCUAUCAGCAAAUGUAUUGUUGGAUUGGAAAACGAAACAAAUGCAUUCUUCCUACGAGCUCAUCCGUGCAUAAAUGAUUAUCGGAGCCCCGAUCUGCCGGCUUUGCUCGUUUGUUUGAUGUAUCUUGAUCAAAUGGAUGGACCCUUAUCGUUACUAAUUCGACAUUCUGAACGUGCGCGCGAUUACGAAUUUUUUGUAUCACUGCACGAAGGGCUUUUGUACUUAGCGAUUAAUGAUGCUGCAGACCUGAUAGGCGCGUACGCUAAAGCUAAAAAGAAUACGGAAAAUCGUAUGUCUGGGCAAUGGACCGAUAUCUUUUGCGAAUCAGCCAAAUCUCUUAUGAUCUUCCAGCUUAUGAGAAUGAAGAAUGCUAUAGGCAAUAGAGCGAAUGAAUCAUUAAGAUGCUGUCGCGGUUUACCGCUUGAUUACUGUGUUCCACUAAUGCGAGAUAUUCCCGCCAUUACCAAGGAAGAUAUGAGCCGCGUAACAGUUAAAUAUAUCACACCAUUAUUCGAUCCAGAAGCAUGUAAGACUAUCAUUGUGUGUCAUAAAUCUGGAAUCUCAGCAAUAAGCGAGGCUUUUAAAGGAAUACAUCAUAAUUUUAAUACAUACAUGGAUGUAAACGUUUGA